AUGGGACGGGAUCCAAGCAGAAGCUCUGCUCCCCGGUCGAGAGUCUUCUUCGUGGAAGAGAUUGUCCGGGCCAUGACUUUUCUAAUAAACCAAGGCGAGGCGAUGUACUGGGGGACGUCUCGGUGGAGAGCAGUGGAGAUCAUGGAGGCAUACUCCAUCGCACGGCAGUUCAACCUGAUCCCACCUGUCUGUGAGCAGUCCCAGUAUCACCUCUUCAAUCGAGACACGGUGGAGGCACAUCUCCCCGAGCUUUACUACAAGAUUGGUCUCGGCACAGUCACCUACUCCCCGCUGGCUUGUGGCUUGAUCACUGGAAAGUAUGAAGACUGCAUUCCGGAAUAUUCCAGGGCCUCACUGCAGGGCUACGAGUGGCUGAAGGACAAGAUCGCCAGCAAGGAAGGCCAAUCACAGCAGUGCAAGCUCAAGGAAUUGCAGCCGAUCGCAGACAGUCUGUCCUGCACCCUGCCUCAGCUGGCGAUCGCGUGGUGCCUAAGGAACGAAUCGGUCAGCUCGGUCCUCCUGGGCGUGUCGGGCGUGGUCCAGCUGCGCGAGAACCUCGGUGCCGUUCGGAUUCUCAGUCAACUGACUCCGCAAAUUGUCGCCCAGGUGGAUGCCAUUUUGGGAAACAAGCCCACUGAGAGAUGGGACUUGAAGUCUUAGAGGAGACAUGGUCCGGGG